CAAUAAAACAAACUCAUCUGCAUUGGGGAAAUCUGUUACUGGGAUCAAGUCGGUCACUGGAGCCCCUUUGCCUGCAGAGACCAUCAGUGCCAAGAUAAUAAAUUCUCCUGUGGUGGAGAAUUCCCAUAGUGGACUUCAAUCAGUCGCUGUAAUGUCUUUGCUUCCAGAAGUAAACAGUGUCACGGAUAUAAAUCCGCUUGAAGAGGGGACUCUGCUCCACUCACCUGGAUCUCAUAGGAACGUUGGAGACCUUGACAUUGCUUCGGAACCUGGUAGUGAUGAUGAUCCGUCUUAUGGCAAGAACAAUGAAAUGAGGUCUGAGGAAAAUUCAUUCGGAUUCGGAUCUCCUAAGGGCGAUGCUUUGGGACCUUCUGGGGAGGGUGCUUUUGGAUCUCAAUCAGACAAUAGUUUGCAACCUAGUGAUGAUGGAUUUGACGAUUCGGAAGGAGGUUCUCAUCAAGAUGGUGAUGAUCAAUCUGUGGAGGGGGACUUGGAUAGUUCUGGUCCUGAUGAUGCAAGUUCCAUUUCAGAUGAGGCACUCAAGGUGCGAAAGUCAUCAAAACGAGAUAAAAAAGAAGAAGACGAACUGGUCAGCAUUGUUCUGAUGAAGUUGACACAAAAGCUGGAUGCAGUCUCGCUGAACCAGGCAGUCAUUAUUAGAGCAGUGGACCCUGACAUGGCGAAAGUAAUUAGGCCUGCGGAAUUCCCACACACGCCGCUUGCAAAAGUUAAACACUUUGCUAAACUGGAAAAGUUUUUGAAAAAUGCAACAAAUUUUGCUGCAAUGAGGGAUAAAAUGUGGAUGAGUAUUGGUGGCUGUGGGGAUGAACGCAAGGCCACUGGGCGCAUCCUCACUGACCUCUUCCAGUACUCGUGUGCUAAAGAUGUCAGCUGGGGAGGAAGUAAAGGAAUGAAAUGUGCCUUUGGACAGUCUGAGACUUGUAAGGCAUUAUUUGGUGCAAUUGGUAUGGCCUAUAAAGGAACUGAUUUGACACAGUGUGAGCUAAAAAUUAAAGACUGGUUCAGGACUGCUCCAGCAGCAUAUGAGAGGUUGAUGAAAAGAAAGAUGUCCAAACAAUAAUUGACAUUAAUUUCUGUUUUGGAUAUAAUAUAAUUUUUUGUUAAUUAGUGUUCUGUUGUUUUCAUACAUGUUUAUUUGUCGUUGUUGUUGCUGAUGUUUUGACGUGCAAAGGCCAUUGUUUUUUUAAUGCAUGUGAUAAAAUUGUCUAUUAAGCAGUAUUCUUAUUGUGCAAUGAUUUUGUUGUGUUUUGCGCAUUGUGCGAAGAUCAAUUCUUUUUAUUUAUGUGAUACUAUUGUAAUACUUAUAGUUCCUUAUUGCUGUUAAGCAAAGACUGAUUUUUUUGUAUUGCAUGUGAUAAAAAAUGAAAACUACAGAUUAAAUCACAAAAUUCAGAAUGAAAAUGGUAUCUCCUUCAUUCUCGUCUAUUCCACAUCCUUCAAAUUCAGAAAGAAACUCAAAAUUUCAUCGAAUUGUAGUCACAUCAAAAUUUCA